AUGGUCUUGGGGCGCGCACGCCGGGCGGCGGCAGCGCGUGGUCGCGCGCGCAGCGUGCGCGGUGACGUCAGUGCGCUGGCGGCGGCGGCGGCGGCGGCGGCGGCGGCGGCGGCAGCAGGGCUGUUUGUUCUGCUCUCCCGAAGCCGACGAACCGAAGCGGUGGCUGCGGCGGCGGCGGCGGCGGCGGCUGCCGGCAGUGCCCGCGGGCGAGCGGGGCCUGUGAACACAGCGGAGCGGCGGGCUCGACGGAAGGGCCCUGGCCCCGCGCAGUCAGUCCGAAGAGGAGGGGGCGGCAGCGGCGGCGGACGGCCGGUGGGGGCGGCGUGCGGCCUAGUGUCUCAGGUGAGGACUGGUGCCCUUCGGGGCGUCAGGCGGCGAGGGGCAGCUGGCGGGGUCUGCGGCGCAGCCCGCGUAACCUGCAUUGCGUAA